UGCAUGUGUAUUCCAGUGAGUAGUGUUGCCUGCAAGAGAGGAUUUAGUCUGCAUGUGUAUUCCAGUGAGUAGUGUUGCCUGCAAGAGAGGAUUUAGUCUGCAUGUGUAUUCCAGUGAGUAGUGUUGCCUGCAAGAGAGGAUUUAGUCUGCAUGUGUAUUCCAGUGAGUAGUGUUGCCUGCGAGAGAGGAAUAAGUCUGCAUGUGUAUUCCAGUGAGUAGUGUUGCCUGCAAGAGAGGAUUUAGUCUGCAGAACAGGAUUAAAGUGAAAUCACGCACAUCUCUAAACCUUGAAAACCUUCAAAACCUGAUGAAAAUUUCUACUGAACCUGACCUUGAUAGCUUUCCCUACAAUCGCGCCAUCAAGCACUGGAGAACACAGAAGAAGAGGAGACUUGCCCGUCUGUACCAGCACACUGACUCAAAGGACAAUAAAUGCGGCAUUGCGGGUGAGAUGUGUCCACGAUGCAUUGUACCCUCGCAUUUGAAAAAUGAGAAAACAGGAAAGGUUCAGAAGCUAUGGGACUUCAAGACUGAGACCGAGCUCUAUGAGAAUCUCAAGGACUUCCUCUUCAAUCUGUACUUCAGACAUUUGUUGAUGAACCCUAAAGACCGCCGUAUGGUGGUGUGUGAGUCCCUGCUCUGUCCUGCUGCGUUCAGGGAGACACUGGCAAGGGUCCUCUUCAAACACUUUGAGGUGGGGUCUGUGAUGUUCUCUCCAGGUCACCUCACUACCCUUCUCACACUGGGCACGUACACAGCUCUUGUUAUGGACGUGGGAUACACUGAGACCCUCGUUGUACCUGUGUAUGAAGGUAUCCCAGUUCUGAAGGCAGUACAAGCCCUACCUCUGGCUGGACAGGCAGUACACAGGCGUAUCCGUGAGAUGUUGGUGGCAGACGGCAAGGUGAAGUGUGGACAGCAGGAGAUGCCUGUCUCCCUGAAGCUUGAAUUUCUCACAGAUGAAGUCAUUGAAGAUAUAAAAGUGAGAUGCUGUUUUACUACGAAACUUGAAAGGGCUGAAAAAAUCCAUGCAGUGAACAUAAAAGGGGAAGAUCCUAGUAAUUACCCAUUCCCACCCCCUGACGUGGAGUAUCCCCUGGACGGGGGUAGCCUGCUGUACGUGGGGGGUAAGGUGAGGGAACACGCCUGUGAGGUCAUGUUUGAACAGGACAAUGAGCUGCAGUCAGUUGCCACCUUAAUACUGGAUGCCAUCUUGCAGUGUCCAAUAGACAUGCGGGUGAUUCUAUCAGAGAACAUCGUGAUCACCGGUGGGACUAGUAUGUUGCCUGGUUUCCUGCACAGGGUUCAGGUGGAGCUUCAAAAGCUGGUACGGGAACCGAGAUACACCAAUGUGCUUGCGAUGAAGAAGUUCAAAUUCCAUGUGACACCUUGCAAGGCGAACUAUGCUGCUUGGUUGGGAGGUUCCAUGUUUGGUUCCCUGGAGACCCUGCCUGGUAAAAGCGUAACUAGGGACCAGUAUGUGGAGACAGGAGCCAUCCCAGACUGGUGCUCUAUGGCCAGCAACACAAAUAGUGAGAAACCAGUCUAGACACUUGUAGACAGCAACAGUAGGAACCAGUCUGGACACUUGUCACGCCAAAACUGAGAAACCAGUUUAGAAACUUGCAUCAGACGAUUUAUGUUUAGAAAACCAGUCUUGACUUUAAAAAUAGCUUAUACUUGUGGACAAGGAAACUAAACAAAGGCUAGAGUUUUUUCAUAAUUCCAUGAUUCCAAUUUUGGAAGAAGUGAAGCAAAACUUUUGUGUUAAAUACUUCCAAACUUACGCUUAUGCAAGCCAUGCAGUUAUGUGUUUACACUUUACACUAAGUCUAAAGCGAAUUGACCUUAAUAAGUAUUUAAAAUAAGACUUUGAAGUAUUUUUUUGGAAUCAAGCCAUAUAUUCAAAACAUAAAGAAAAUCUUGAGUUGUGGUGAUAUUAAAUAUUUAAAUUUAUGCUCCGGUUUGAUAUAUUGUAUUAUUGGAAGAAUCCAGUUACAUAUACCAGAAAAUGACAUUUUUAAUGAAAAAUAAAUUUUGAUUGAAUUAGUAAAAAGUUUAAUAUUCUAAGAAAUGAUUUUUAGAAGCUUUUUUAAAGAAAGCCUAUUAUUUCAAUAAUAUGUAGUCAACAAUUUAGAGUUAAUUUGCUUAAAUGUUGAAGAUACUGAAUGACUUAGCUCUGUUAAGUAGACCACAUGAAAAUUAACUACUGAGUUAUCUUUGUUGAGAAGAAAAUAUGAAGGAAAAUGAUGCUUUAAAGUGUGAUGGGUUACUUUUUUGCUUUGACUUGACAUUGUGUAUUAUGGUAUUAUUUUGUGCUUUUGAACAUUACAUGUACUGUGCAAUAUUGUCUUAUUUAAUGAAUUAAACUGAUUUAAGUCA